AUGCAACACAUGUUGGUAAAGCAAGUUUUGUUUACAAAUUUACGAUUUGUCUUGUUACAACUUCACCCAUAACCUAAAAUCAUCAAUAGUUGAGGUUAUCUAUAAACUUUUACUUUAUAAAAAUGCCUGUGGAUUUGAAACGAAUAAAUGGGCCGGAGAACACGGUCUCCUACAAAUUAUACACACCAUCAAAAACUUUUAAGGAAGAGUUGAAAUGUUUAUUUAAAUCUAACAACAAGAGGCAGGACGGAAGAAAUUCACUUGAGCACAGAAAAAUGUUUAUUAAAACAGGAAUUGUCAGUCAGGCAAAGGGAAGUGCCUACUUGGAAUUGGGAAACACUAAAGUUAUAGUUUCAGUUUUUGAUCCACGUGAAAUACCAAACAAAACUGAUUACAGUCAGAAGGGAGUCUUGUAUUGUGAGUUUAAAUAUGCAACAUUCAGUUGUCCACAGAGGAGAAACUUCCAACAGGAUUCAGAGGAGAAGCAAAAUAGUAUUAUUUUGAAACAGUCUUUGGAGCCAGCAGUGUGCCUCCACGAAUUCCCUAAUUUCCAGGUGGACAUCUAUGCUUUAAUACUUGAAAAUGAUGGCUCCUCUUUAAGUGCUGCCGUAACAUGUGCUUGUGUAGCUUUAGCACAUGCCAGUGUCCCAAUGUAUGAUUUAGUGACAGCUGUUACAAUGGGAGUUGUUGAUAAUCAAAUACUAAUGGAUCCAACAUUGAAGGAACAGCAGUUAUGUGAAGUCUUUGAUGAGACUGAUACAAAGAGUGAUCAUGGAAUCAUAGUAACAUCAUUCAUGUCUACGCAUCAGCAGAUUUCACAAUUUUACCAAACUGGCAAUAUUAAUCUAGAAAACAUUUCUAAAAGCAUUUCAAUUUCGACGGACGCUUCCGGCGAUAUAAAAUUAUUAAUUGAGAAAUGCAUUGUAAACCACGUUUUGAAAGGCGCAAAUAAAAGCAACGAAGAGUAAAUAAGUUGGCAGUUCUGUUCUAACCAUGUCACCUCAAUCGGUUUUAUAACUUUCACAAC